CUCCAAAGCGUUGUCUUAGAACGCAGCACGCCUGUUGUUUCUCCGCCGCUCAACAAAUUCGAAAAUCAUGAAGAAUUCGCUUGCUCUCGACACGUCCUCCUACGAUGCUUUUUGGCAACAGUUUAUCACGCGGCUAUGGCUAGCGUUUUUGGAGUCGUUUUUGUUGGAGGAAAACUUCAAUGGGCUGGAAAAGCUGAGCAAGCAACAAGCCGAGUUUUUUGCGCACCUGAUUCGAUAUGGCAAGGAGAUUCUGGACUUCCUCUAUGCUCGCGACAGAGGCGAAGAUGUUGAGGCUGAGCCUGAAGAAGGCAAGGAGAAAAAAGAAAACGAACCACAACAAGAGCACCAGAAAAGAAGUGCGGACCUCAAUAUACCCGAACCAUCUUUUUCACCACCCCGCCUGCCCUUUCCGCCUCCCUGCCCACCAGAGCCGCCGUAUAGCGAACUGCAACGAUUUCUGGACACAUGCCUACCUCCUGUGUCGACCGUGGGACGGAAAAACACGGGCACCGCGGCGUCACACCCGGAUAACUUGAUGACGAGCGCCUCCUCAGGAGAUGUCGCGAGCAGUUUCUCAAGAUCAACGAGUGAACAACACCAGUUCACGCCCAUCAAGCGCACGGAAAGCACGUCGACUAAGACGCCCCUAUACGCUCACGAAAAUGUUGAGAGUGCUGGGACAGUGGCACGUACCGAAGUUUCACUUUUGGCUCCAUCUGGAGGCGUUCUUACGUCUUCCUCUAGCGGCAAAACCAUCGGCAUAGCCCAAGCCCAACAGGGUCCUCACCAGCAGCAAUUUUCGCUCAGCCACAAUGUCAUGCCUGGCUCAACAGUAUCGACGCCACAACUCUCGCCGCCGCCACCACCACCGCCACCACCGCCGCUCACUGUAGGCGGAACGGGAGCUCCUACCCGUUACAGUGGCGAGACGGGCCCUGUCCCACCCGAUUUGCCGGAAGACACCACCUCCACCGCAUCAUCUGGCGCUCCCUGGCAAGGUCCCGUGUCGCGGCUGUUCUAUUGUGAGCUGCUGUUCUACUUGCGGACGCUUUUCGCACCUUCAGCAACUACAUCCGGUGGCAGUUCCUCCGGUACGAGCACGGCUACCUCCAGCGGUAAGAGUUCCCCAAACGACGAGCGCGACCUCCCCCCCGAGGUGACGUCGACCGCGACCACGCCUGUUCACCUUUCCGGCGUGUUGAAUACCAGCAGCACCAAUUAUCUCCGAGGACCGAGCGAGGAAAAGGAAAGCACUUGUUGUUCUGCGAAAAACAGUGCCGCGGCUAGUGCUGCAGCUGCUCCGUCGAAGUGGAAGAUGGUGCCCGUGGUCAACAUCCUCCUGUCGCUGGUUUGCUUCCCCGGUUUUGGCCACUACUUGCUCCACUGUGUGAUCGCGCGCCAGACCCACUUCUUGGACCACGCAGACAAUCUGAUUCGCGGAGUGCAUAUCGAAUGUGAAUUUCAUCUCGCUCACCGUAGUCGAAGGCACUUACGCAUGGAGGACAUGACGACAUUUUUGCAUGACAAUGGCAUUAGUACGACAAGAAGAACUCCGCUCCCUUCAAUGACCAUUCCACACGCAAAAAGGGUGCCCCUUUAAGAAGCAGACAGGUUGCCAAAACUUUUCGUGACACUGGUGUGCGGUAGGUUUCUUUGUAUCGCAUACUGCAGCAGAUUCUAACCGAUGUGUAUGAACUCGAGGACGAAGGAGCGGCGCCGGUAGAAGAGGACCAGAGACAUGACCUCCGGCGGACGAAGAGCCGGAGCGGGGGGGAGGAGGGUAAUACUGGCGGUUCGAUGUUCAGCCCGCUUUUGAAGAACCAUUACCGCAAUCAGACCGGCACCGCGACGGGCAUCUUCUUUCUCGUGUUACAGUCGCUCUUCCACUACCUGAACGCAUCCGUGGUGCACAAGGAAAUCAAGAGGCAGGCGAGAAGGAAACAGCAACUGGACGAACUGUUGGCGAACGGGAACGAGCAGAAGGAUGCAAGAACGAGAAAUAUUAACCUCCCGACAGAGCCUGAGAUUCUUGGUCACUGUUUGGACGGUCGGACGCGAGCAGGAAGUUACUCCUCGGCCCACGAACACCUUUCGUCAGACAGCGAGGUACUCCGAUUUCGCCUAGAGUUGCAAGGCUGUGCUCGCAAGGAUUUUUUUUCUUCCUAUUGUCGAAAAUCUGUAGGAAUCAAAAUCAAUAAUUGAUUCAUCCGACUCGAUUUCAAUCAACAUGUGCGACGUUAUUUUGCUUUCGCAACAUAAAUUUAGGUUGUUUUGCAUCCCGGCACUGGCGGCAGAACCGUGAGUACACACAGUACCACUACCACGGCGCCAACAACAUCUAGAAGUCUCGUCGAAAUGGUGUCUUCUUCGUCUCCCAGAAAGCAUUCUCAGAACCUGAGCUCAGGAGCAUCGGCAUCCGCAGCGUAUCAGCGACAGCAUCUCCGGCUGCCACAGGAUGACCUUUACCAGCCCUCGCAGCAGCCGCACUGCAAAAAUUCCCUGUACCAAAGCUUCGACAGUGUUUGGCAGAAUCUGUUCCUGCUUUCCUCGUUUCCCUUUUUCGGGAAGAAAGACCAGCCGCUAGAUUAUUUCCUCAAAGCGUUACGAGACACGCUACCGGUGGGAAACUACCCCGCAGCAGAAAAUCUCUUGGGCUUCGGCGGAAGCAGUGGGUCUGCACCGACGUCGUCAUUCCAAAAUGACGGACCAGAUCUAUUUCACGGCCACGACAAUGGGACAUGGCUAUUGAGCAACCGAGAUCCACCAGGUGCAGCUGCGCACGUGGCAGGAGCUGCUGCUGCAUUCGGCCACGGUGGCGAACUUGUCGGUCAUGAGCAACCCCCCAGGCGCAGGAGCUCCAUACACCAGCAAACUCCGCAGUUCGAUCGGUAUGCAUUCGCGAAGCAGCAAAUUGGGGACGUGUUUCUACCGGAAGAAGAGGACAACAUCCCAGUACGCGUGCGCCACCAGCGGCUCCAGGACUUCAUCCGCAUCGUUCGGCGCGUAUUGGAGGCAAUUUUCUUUCAUCGAGCGUUGCGGACAAGGAGAGAGUUGCAACAAGGAAAUGCUGCUGGCGCGUCAACUACAUCCUCUUCGGCGGGAAACAACGCCGGAACUGCAGGCGAUUCGUCCACCACCACUGGCGGACUUGGUUAUCAGCAAGGACGAGCCAGUGGCAUCCAGCGAAAAUCUUCCAAGGUGCUUGGCAGCUCCGGCACGAGCACCACCGCCUCGCCGAGCACAACACCGACUGGCUCGGCCGCUUCCUCGUUACGCCUGCCUUUUUCUGGAAGUGCGCCGGCCGCCAGCAGCAGCAGUAUUUUGGUACAGAACGCGCGACUGUCCAACGCCCUAUUCCCGAUGUACGAGGAGGUUGCGGCCCUGCUGGAGGCGAACCAGACGUCGGGCGGGUUGUGGACCAUCACCGGACUCGCGGUGAAUGUGUACCGCACCGCCGAGAUCGGCAGGGUCAACCAGGUUCCCGUCCACAGCUACAACACGAGCGGAACAACGUCCUCCAGCGCUGGUGCACAAAAUCAUGCAGCGACAAUCAAGAAGCCGCUGACCGAGCUGCGCGCGGGGGACCGCGUCCGAUUCCUCAAGUGGUGCGACAAUGCGGACCCGUUCCUCGAAGAUUUGCGAAUCAUGCGGGAAUUGAGGCAAACGCAACCAAACUGGGGCACCAGCGCAGCUACAGCUUCUGGGGGCGCGUCGACCUCGAACACACCAGUGAGCACGGGAACUGCAGCCUCUAGUGCCGAAACAGCGGCGAGGAUGAGCACGCCAAUCGCGCCGGCGGUAGUUGCAGGAGGACCGCAGCUUCUUGCAGCUUCUUCUUCACAGGUGUCAUGGGGCCGCGCAGCUGGUGCUGCGCAGCCCGAGCCCUACAGGCGUGAGAAUCUGGUGUCUAUGCUAGCGUGUCUGCCCUCGGCGCGCAUCGUUUGCGUCGACCAGGGCGUCGUAGGCUGGAUUCGUGUGGCGGACUUGGUGUCUUCGUUUGAGGUACAAUCCGCAGGGGGCAGUAGUACAACAACUUCCUCGCAACAGCACCUUUCACAUCUUCCUGGAGCAGCCUCUACGUCGAGCACGCCGAACGCCUCGCCCACCACGACGACAUCGGCCUCUGGCGCCGCAGCUAGUGGUACCAACAGCGGCGCACCUCCAAGGGGUAAGGUGCGUCUGCAGUUGCAGGUGCGAGAUGAGCACUUGUUCGAGCAUGUGGUGGAUGUGAGUCAGGGAAGCGCGGCGGGCGGUUCUGCUUCUGCGCAGGCGCAACGAAUGACGCAGGGGCAAUCAGCGCUACGCCGUGCGCGGAUGUUCAUGGAGGAGAGCACACUGCUGCGUAUUUUGCGCGUGUACCUCGAGGAUAUCAUCCUGGACGAUAUCAAGGGCGAAGCCGAGGGGUUGAAGUACGAAUUGUCGGAGCUGACUUUCCCAUCGCUCAACACGACGCGGUGUUUUUGCCACCUGAAGAGCUGUGCCAAUCCACCCGCCGCGAGCGCGACCGCGCAGCUGCAGCGCACAAUCACCCUGGAAAACGAGCACGACGUCAACAGCAAACAGGGAACGACAACCACCAAAUACUUUUCGAUCACGGUGAAGAACCUCGGACUGGUGAUGCACCACAAGUGGAAGGCGUCGGGCACGUUGCUGCGGCUAGAGGGUGAAAAUAUCGUCGACGUCAAAGACAGCCGCGCUGAGUUUGUCUUCGCCGUUUCGGUUCGAGAGGGCGCAGACGGCGGAACAGAUGGAACUGCGUGCGCAGAUGUAGACUCAAAGAGAGUAGACGAUGUUGAAAAAGCAUCAGGCGGAGGCGGCGCAACUUCUUCAUCCAGGCCGAAUAGUAAUGCGUUGAAAGUGCGCAUAGCGUCAGCUUCAAUUGAGCUGGGUGAGUUGGAGCUCGCCAUUGCUAACCACGACGAUGCGGAGAACAAAAACUUCUUCAACCAGGCCUGGACAACGCUGGUUUUUGGCACGCUCCGGAGGGUCCUCCAGCGGGCCUUAGCGGGACAGGCGAUGCGCGAGCGGUUGCAAUCGCUGUUGUGCACCCUGCUACAGGAAAAAGCCUUCGACCCGCUGGACUCCGCAACAAGUUUGCAACGCGUGAUACCCGGAAAGCUGGCCACAACGUUCCUGUGCUAUCUCCACAAAAACUUACCGCCCCAGGGAGUGCAGCUGUAGAAGAUGAGAAGCGCUAUAUGCUUUUUGUGUGAACAUGAAGAAACUACUUCUACGGAGUCAGAGUCUCUUGUCUUCAUGUGUGGAAGAGAGUACUUUUUCAAAAACGAACGACUUGGCGUGCACAUACGAGUUUUUCCCGCAGAGACACACUUACUUUGAUUUCCCCGGACUAUUUUAUCGUUCUUCUUCUGCAACAAGAGCUGCAACUUCGGUGAAAAAGUAGAAGCAAUGAGGAACAAUCGCACAUGCCUCGUCGUUUUCG